AUCUUAAUAAAACGGUAAAUUGUGUAACGAAAUUUACUUUUUACCGGUUCGCCGAACACACCCGUUGAAAAUUGCGCGUGAAUUUCUGAAACAAAUUGCGAAGGUAUCAUCAAAAAUGCAGGAUCUGGAGUUAAACAAAAAAUCAGAAGUGGAUUUCAAAAAAAAGAGGACCAUCGGAAAAUUGCGCCAAUUUCUCGCUACAGUGUGCUUGGGACCGGUGUCCUUGGGAGCGUCGUUAAGUUGGACAUCACCAGUUCUUCCACAAUUGCUAGAGCCGGACCCCACAUCCAACUCUACCAACUCCUCGGGUCUGUUCGAAAAUUCCCCACCGUUCACGCUAACAAUCGAAGAGGGAUCAUGGAUAGGAUCCAUGUUGGCGAUUGGCGUGCUUAUAACCGCGAUACCAUCGGGAUACCUGGCCACCCGUUUCGGAUUGAAAAAAUCGACAAUAGCCUUGGUGAUUCCAAAUUUGCUGUUUACAAUAAUUGUGCUGUUCGCAAAUAACGUUUACGCGCUGUGCAUUGCCAGACUCCUUUCGGGAGUAGCGACCGGUGGCAUUUCAGUGGUCGGUCCCAUGUACAUUUCCGAAAUAGCCGACGUCUCCCUUCGGGGUACGCUGGGUACGUUUUUCGAAUUUUUAAUUUACGCCGGCGUGGUUUUCGUGGCAAUUUGCGGCGCGUCUAUGUCCUACAUUGCUUUGACCAUCACUCUGGGCACUGUCGCGUUACUUUUCGGGUGCGUCUUCUGUUUUCUGCCCGAAAGCCCUGCGUACUUGAUUAAAAUCAAUAAACGCGAACAGGCGGAGAGGGCGUUGCGGUUCUACCGGAGCGAAGGGUUUAACGUAGAAAACGCGCUGGACGAAAUCUACGAACGCGUGCACAAGAAAACCGAUGAAAAAAUGAACGUUUUGGCAGAGCUGCGAUCGAAAGCUGUGGUUAGAGGCCUAAUCGCGUCGAUGGGUCUGAUGGUGUUUCAGCAACUCAGCGGAAUUGACGGGGUCACCUUUUACACGGUGUACAUCUUUCAGACUGCCGAAACGCAACUAAACGAAUAUACUUCCGCCAUUAUUUUGUCUUCGGUUCAACUACUUUCUGCCAUCGCCAUCAUCUUCGUAACUGAAAAGGUUGGGCGGAAGGUUUUGCUGUACAUAUCCGCAUCGGGGGCAUGCUGUUGCCUAACGGUUUUGGCGAUGUACUUUCACUUGAAAUUAAACGGUAUUAAUUUUGUUGGCAUGGGCGCCAUACCUUUAGCCAGCACAGUGAUUUAUGCGUGUUUCUUUUCCACCGGUCUUGGACCGGUGCCUUGGAUGGUGAACGGCGAGCUGUUUGCGCCGGCUAUCAAGGGAUUGGCGAACGGUAUUACCAUCACCUCAAACUGGCUGUGCUUAUUUCUCAUCACUAAAACUUUACCGGUAAUGAUGGAGGAAGUUGGACCUCAUUACACGUUCUACUCCUAUGCAGUGUGUAUGGUGCUUUGUGUGAUAUUUAUUAAGUUUUAUGUGCCCGAAACUCGUGGUAAAUCCCUCGAACAGAUCCAAAAUGAACUAAAGUCAUAGAAAAUUUUUGGACAAUUGUGAUUAGCAUGUUUAUAUAAGUACGUAUUUAUUUUGUAUUAAACGUCUUUUUCACUAAGUGCA